ACAAGUUCCUGAAGUAUCAGACGGCUCAGGUGUUUAUCGUCCUGAGGGUCCCCUCGGACAGACAGAUGUUCGUUGUCCUGAGGGUCCCUACAGACACAGGUGUUCAGACAGACAAGUAAAGUGGUCUCAGCGGGACAAGUGACAGACACGAAGACGAAACGAAGUAACAUCAACAUCUACCUUUCUUGCGUGGAGACAGACAGGUGAGUGAAUACCCAGAAUGCAGUUCUUUGCCCAGUGAAGGAUCCCGUUGCCAUGGAGCAGCUGGUCAAACACCUGUCCAGGUGUCAGCACCUGGGCUGGAUGGACGUGAUUGAGCUGAAGAGUGCCUCCAUCCAUUGGCUGUCUUGUGGCAGGAAGGCUGAGCCUGACAUCUGGAGUAAAAUGUUCUGCAUCCUGUCGGACUCAGAGUUACUAAUGCUCGACAACCUGGAGGUUCAUCCUCUUCUUCUGGCAGAGAGGGCGGAGACUUGUACAGUUUGGUUGCUAAGAUACACUCUGCACAUGACCUCAGCACCUCCUUGCCCCGCCCACAAAGAUGUUCCAGGGAGGGGGGUGCGCCGACAGAGCAUGCCCACCAGCUCCGCCGUGGACACGCCCACAGGCAGAGUGACAGUGAACACGCACACACACUGGACUCAGCCUGCUGCUUCCAUGGGUUUUCUGUCCCGGAGGUUGAAACAGUCUCUUCGUCGUACUCGGUCUCAGCCCAAACUCUGUCGUCAGAGCAGCGUGAAGGUUGCCGCCGCCGACACCAGGAGAACAUGGUUCUAUAACAUCCUCCUCCUCCUCCUCCUCGUCCUCACCCAGAAUGCUCGGUGUGUGAUGCGGAGGCUGCGUUGUGGUAGCCAGGACUCGUUGCUAAGCGCCGGCUGUGUGUCGUCCCUGGAGCUCAGGAUGGACCAAUCAGUGAUCAUCAAACCAGUGCACUCGUCCCUGCUGGGACAGGACUACUGCUUCGAGGUAACGACUUCGACGGGCACCAAGUGUUUCUCCUGUCGCUCUGCAGCAGAGAGAGACAAGUGGAUGGAGAACCUGCGAAGAGCUGUUCACCCCAACAAGGACAACAGCCGGAGGCUGGAGAACGUCCUGACGACCUGGGUCAUCGAGGCCAAGGACCUGCCCGCCAAGAAACGGUACUUCUGUGAGCUGUGUUUGGACGACAGCCUCUACGCUCGGACGUCCUGUAAGCUGAAGACAGACAACAUCUUCUGGGGAGAGCGUUUUGACUUUAACAGUCUUCCGUCCGUCAGCCACGUCACCCUCCACCUCUACAAAGACACGGACAGGAAGAGGAAGAAGGACAAGAGCAGCUACGUUGGGUUGGUCAACAUCCCUGUUACCAUGGUGACCGGCAGACAGUUGGUGGAGAAGUGGUACUCAGUGAGCACGCCCAGUACACUUCGGGGUAAGUCGUCGGUGCCGAUGGUUCGGAUCAAGGCUCGGUACCAGAGCAUCGUCAUCCUGCCCAUGGAGCAGUACAAAGAGUUUGCAGAGUUCAUCAGCUCCAACUACCUGCUGCUCUGCAACUCAUUGGAGGCGUCCAUCAGCCUGCGAGCGAAGGAGGAGCUCGCCGCCGCGCUCGUCCACAUCCUACACAGCACCGGGAAGGCCAAGGACUUCCUGACGGACCUGAUGAUGUCAGAGGUGGAUCGUUGCCGUGACAACGACCAACUGAUCUUCAGAGAGAACACACUGGCGACAAAAAGCAUUGAGGAAUACCUGAAGCUGAUUGGACAGAAGUAUCUGCAGGAUGCCCUCGGUGAGUUCAUCAAAGCUCUGUACGAGUCUGAUGAAAACUGUGAGGUCGACCCGUCCCGCUGCUCGACAUCUGACCUCGCCGAGCACCAGGCCAACCUGAGGAUGUGCUGCGAGCUAGCCUUCUGCAAGAUACUCGACUCGUACAGGGUCUUCCCCCGCGAGCUGAAGGAGGUGUUUGCGUCAUGGCGACAGGAGUGUGGAAACCGGGGGCGACCCGACAUCAGCGAGCGCCUCAUCAGCGCCUCGUUGUUCCUCCGCUUCCUGUGUCCAGCGGUGAUGUCACCAUCGCUGUUCGACCUGAUGCAGGAAUAUCCUGACGAGCGCACGGCGAGAACCUUGACCCUCAUCGCCAAGGUCAUCCAGACCCUCGCCAACUUCAGCAAGUUCGGCACUAAGGAGGAAUACAUGUUGUUCAUGAAUGACUUUGUGGAGCGUCAGUGGAGCAGUAUGCAGCGGUUCCUUCAGGAGAUCUCUAACCCAGAUGGACUGAACCACACGGCCGGGUUCGAUGGAUACAUGGACCUGGGGAGAGAACUGUCCAGUCUGCACACGCUACUCACCGAGCUGGACCAGGCGUCUCUUUCGAAGCUCAGUCCUCUCCCUCGGAUCCUCAGAGAUGUGUCGAUGGCGCUGGUUAACCCAGGGGGCGUGGCUAACCCGGGGGGCGUGUCUGUUUCCUCUCCAGAGCCUCAGCGGGUGGUGUCUCCUCCCCCGCUCUCUCCACCCCCCCUGUCACCGCCCCUCUCCCCCCCUCUGGCCACCUGUAAUCCCUCAAUUGGCCUUCAGGGAGGCGUCGGACUGGACGGAGGUCUGGUGGACUUCACCAGACUUCCGUCUCCAACCCCAGAAAACAAAGAUUUGUUUUUCGUCACUAAAGGAUCCAGUCUGCAGCCUGCGUCAGGUCUGCGGGGCUCUCCUGCCCCGAGCUCUUCCUACUCUGAGCCCAAUGAGAACGAGGGGUUUGAUAUGACAAAUGGAGCCAGGAGGGAGGUGCCAGAGCUGACCAAUGAGAGCCGCAGUCUUUCUCAGGUCGACCUGCAGGACUCCUCCCCUUGCGAUGGCCUUGAUGACAGCCAAUGGCAGCGCAGGACGGGGCUCCUCCCUCUCUCCUUCCAGAACCCGGUGUAUCACAUGACCACCACGUCCCCACGACAACCCAAGCAGCAGGCGGAGGCCACGCCCUCAGACGGCUCCGCCGGGUCUCAGGGGAACGCUGAUGAAAGAAUCGCCAUGGCAACAAAACCAGCUUUCCUUACCCAGAUGUCUGUUGGGCUGGGAGGGGGGGAGAGGGGGGAGAGGGGCGGGGCGGCGUCUGCCAUGUCGAGCAGCAGCAGUGGAGAAGAAUAUUCCAGACGAGUGCUGAGCGAGACAAUGACAGGUGGCUCCGCCCCCCCUCGUCAGAACUCAUCAGGUCCUCAGAGACGCAUCGAUCAACCUCCUCCCCCCAACUCUGCUCCCCCGGGACCCCCUCGAGGCCGCACACCUCCCAGCAUGCUCAGCGGCAGCGGUGGGGCCUCUGCCUACCCUCCUCGCCCCGCCUCCGGCAGCAUGAUGUCAUCGAGCCCCGAUUGGCCGAGCAGCGGCCAGACGCGGCUCAGACAGACGUCGUCGUCGUCUAAAGGAGACAGUCCCGAGAAACAACGACCUGCUGCCAAGGCCCCCUCCCCCUGUGCGUUGGACCGUACUGCUGCCUGGCUGCUCAACAUGAACUCCGCCUCCUCCUACGGCGACACGGAGGACGAUCGCCAUGACGACGCCCUCGUCGAGAAAUACCAGCAGGAGAUUGCGUUGCUGCAGGAGAAGUUGCGAGUUGCCGCUCUGCGUCAGGACGAGUGUGAAGCUCGUCUGAUGGUUCAGGACCAACAGAACCAGCGCAUCCUGCAGGAGUACCAGGCUCGACUGGAGGACACAGAGAGUCGACUGAGGAGACUCCAGGACGACAAGGACCUGCAGAUGAACAGCAUCAUCAGCAGGUUGAUGGCAGUAGAAGAGGAGUUGAAGAAGGAUCACUCUGACAUGCAGGCUGUGGUCGACUCCAAACAGAAGAUCAUAGAGGCACAGGAGAAGAGGAUAGCGAGCCUCGACGCGGCGAACUCUCGCCUGAUGGCGGCGCUGACUCAGCUGAAAGAGCGUUACGCCGUGACAUCACAAAGGAACGGCCUGUCUCCUAGCAACACAUCAUCCCUGCAGAUCACCGAGAACGGAGAGUUCCGCAACUCUGGCAACUGCUGAGCUCUGAUUGGUUGUGACUGUGGGGGGUAAUAACUCAUUGACCACACCUUCUUUUUUUUAAUCAACCAAUCAACGUUGUCGUUACCACAGACCUGUCAGUCAACCAUCACCUUCUGAAGUGACAAAUCUGACCUCUGACCUGUUCCUAGGUCACCGACCAGCUCUGGUUUUGUUUUGCAUGUUUCUUCUUUGAAUGUCUGACAUCAUAUCCUGUUUCUGUUGGUACUUCCUGUUCAGAGCUCAAAUCUGUGGCUCAACUCCAGUUGUAAAUUACUCUGGUCAGUUUUAAAGGAACAGUGCAACAGUUUGGUCUGAUUCAUGUGUGUGUAUAGACACAGGUCCUGGUUAUGCCCGUUAGCUGAGCUUAGCCUAGCUUAGCGUGAGUGUGGCAGCAGAGGGAAACUGUUGACUCCAGAUGAAUCGUUAGUUUGUUGUUAAAGAAAAUUCUACUGAUUUUAAUGUAAACAUCAGAUUCUAUUGUGAAACAGUUCAAUUGUGAUGAAUAGUUUGUGAACACACACACUUACGCACACACACACUCACUCACACUCUCACUCACACUCUCUCUCUCUCUCACACACACACACACACACACACACACACACACACACUGAACUCUACUGACGUGUCGUCUGUUGUUCACUGUAUGUUCUGUUAUAGAUCCUUUUAUUGUUAUUUAUCAAUAUCAAUAUUUAUAGAGAUACUCCAAUAAACUGUUACACUAUC